AUGAAACUUGCAGAUGGGGAAGUGCUGGAGUCUCCAAAAGCAGUUCAUGACGGUGCGGUGAGGUACUUCAAAACUUUUUUAACAGGUGCAAGGCCUAAUGGUGAAGCCUGUCUAGAUGAUCUUAUUCUUCCUAUCAUUUCUGAGGAGGAAAACUUGGAGUUAUGUCGUGCCCCAACGGAGAUUGAUGUACAAUCUGCUGUCCUUUCUAUUCCAAAAAAUAGUAGUCCAGGACUAGAUGGGUUCGGUUCGGAAGUGCUUUCUCGACUCAUAAAGAAAAAUUUUGCUGAUGGUAAGAUAGGGGCUUUCCACCACCCCAGAGGGGUGCGCUUGAUUUCUCAUUUGCUUUAUGCGGAUGACCUGUUAAUGUUUGUGAAUGGAAAGAAGAGGUCUAUUCGAAUGCUUAUUAAAACUCUUAAGCAUUAUGAGGAGUGGUCGGGUCGACUUAUUAAUAAAGAGAAAUCGAGCAUUUUUCUUUCUAAGCUAAUUGGUUUCGCUAGGCGGCAAAGUUUAUUAAGGUUAACAGGCUUUGUAGAUGGGGUAUUUCCUACCACCUAUCUGGGUGCUCCACUAGUAACUGGUCAUCUAAAGGCGUGGACCUUAGAGCCACUUAUUACAAAAAUUCAGCACAAGGUGGCUGGGUGGAAGUUUAAUCUGUUAUCGCAAGGAGGCAGACUCGUUUUAAUCAAACAUGUUUUAUCCUCAAGGGCAUCCCAUCAAUUGGCAGUCUUGGAUAUUCCCAACCUUCUUUUCACAAAGAUUAAUGCUAUGCUAUCCUCCUUUUUCUGGGGUGGGAAACGGAAAUGGCGUUCCCGGUAUAAUAUUUGCAAACCAACUUGUGAGGGAGGCCUGGGCAUUCGAGAUUUUGUUGAAGUAAAGAAAUCACUGCAGAUGAAGUUUGCAUGGCGCAUGAUGACAAUGGAGAAUUGA